AUGGCGGAUGAAAGCGAAGACUUCGAGGAACAAAUUUCAGACGCUCAGCCAAAAAUGGAAUGCGAAGGUCAGUCUUUGAAAGAUGAUUUUUUAUCAAUUUCCACUUAUUUUUAUCACGUGUGCAAAGCAUAAAGGAUUCAAAGUUUUUACUCAGUAUGAUGAUGAGGAUAAACAUGCCGUGUCCCCACGUGUGUGCGCGUAUUAUUUGCAUGUUCGGUUUGGUAAAUAACAGCGAAAGUGAGCUAAGAUUUUGAGUCUGAUCUACAUGGGUAGUCCUCAUGUUCCGUUUCAAAUUCCCAACAUUCAAUCACAACUUGAAAACCUGAAUGUACGGAGUAACAGCCCAGCUUCAAAAGAUUAUGCUGAGGAAAUUAAUUUUUAUCACCUACACGGUUGUUGGACCCCAACAAAGAACAAUUUAUCGAAAAAGGUUAACGAGAUAAACUACCUCUAAAACGAUAUUUUUAAGCCAUUAAAAACCCUCAUUUCAAUUAUCGUAGUAUAUUCUGCUCCGCUAAAACUUUGAAUUAAAUAAAUGUGCGGAAAACAUAAUAUUAGAUUGAUUAAAUGAAAUUGAAAAAAUAUUUCCAAAUUUAGGUGGAGGUAGUGAGGAAGAAGUAAAUCAAGGAUGGGCAGAUGCUAUGGCAAGAAUUCUUGAAAAUCAGCUACCGGAAGACAAGGUAUCUAACAAAAGAAAAACUUCAGUCACCAUUCUGCUCACAUUGUGUGAAUUAUACAACAACUAACAAGCUUUGGCUAAACUUCAGAAUACCCCGCAACUUUGGUCCGCCUGUCGGGAGGCUUUGAAGAUCGAGGCAUAACACAAUGGACGCUAUUCUUAUUCAAUGACAUGUAAAUGAGUUGCGGGGUAUUCUGAAGUUGCUCCCAAGCUUUAAACUAUAACCCCAAGAAACAAUGUCACUGUCAGUUAUAAUCAAAGCGACUUACUGUUUAUGCUUUAAAUUUGAACAACCUAAAAUGACAAUUUUUCUUUUCUUUUUUAAGCAUAACACACCAGUCUGCAUCUUUAACUAGGGGACUCAUUAUGAGUAACUAAGGGAAAUACUGAUAGUCUGAUGGGAUAUGAGUAUCCUUGUGAAACACAUUGAUGGAAAUUAAUUGUUAUUACACAGUUUUAUAUUAUGUAUUCUCAAAGGAUAUACUUGAAGGAUACUGUUUCAGAUCUUUUUUCAUUGGGAAUAACAUGGACUAAAAGACUUUCAAGAUAUAACUGUCAAAUUUUUUAUUUAUUCUAUCUUUCCUUUACAUUUGUAGCCACCUGUGUUAUUGAAAUACAAGAAAAUUGAAAAGAGAAAAGCAGAGAGAAAUGAACAAUUAGCCUCCAAGAAGGUAAAGAGUAGUUUUUUGAAAGGUCACAAAUUUUCCAAGUAUAGAAGAGCUUUAAAAAUGUCAUCUUCUACUGCGUCUUACAUCCAUCAGGGCUGAAUUCUCUUUGACUCACUAUUUCGCUGAUGUUGCUGUUGUUUUUGUCUAAUAAGCUGAAAAGUCAAGAACGGCAUGCUAUGCUUGAGAAAGACCAUAUUAAACCUGAUGCCUCAACACUGGAUUAUGAAAAGAACUUAAUGAGAAUUGCAACAAGAGGAGGUAACUGUUAUUGUUGCCUGAUUUUAUUGGUAUUUAUUCUGGUUUCAUAAUUUUAUUUGUAGUUAUCUCUCCCUGCUUUUAGAAAUGCUAUAUGCAGCUUGUUUUUGUUUUUGUAUUUUUAAAUUCCUUCCAACUGUUUGUCUGCUCAAACUCAGUGGUUUGUUUGUCUUUCACAGUUACAUAUUAGAAAUAUUUCAGGUACUGAGAUCACACUUAUGAGUUUUGUAACAUUUGGGAUUAUGUAAAGUGGUCUGAAUUUCCCUCUUUCUUUUCAACAACCUGUCAAAAACCAAACAACAGUAAUAAUAUGUUAUACAAGUUUUCCAGCAGAGUGCAAUUUGCAGGAAAAAAACACAGCAAACUCAGUUUAAAAUAGUUUUGAAGUCAGAUUCAUUUUAAAACAGGUUUUUGAGGACUCAUAAGAAUCUCUCUUGAACUUUUGAUCUCCAUUUCAUUUUAGUGGUCAAACUGUUCAAUGCUGUCAGUAAACAUCAGAAGGAGAUAAACAGUAAACUAAACUCUGCUCCUACUGAAGCCAAGAAAACAAAAGGUGAGAGCCUCAGCAAACGAGAAUAAUUGUCAUGUAGAGUGCAGAUGAUUUUAUUGUCAAGAGGGUAAAGCUUGUUUGGUAUGCCUCUUUUCUUCUAGAGUACUGCAUCAUAAAAACUUAUGCUAAGCUUUUUUCUAUUUUCGAAUUUGUUUUUGCAUAAUAUAUUAGUAAAUUGAUGAUUUUAUUCUUAGGAGGGUACAGCUUGUUUGCUAUGCCUCCUUUCUUCAAAGGUGCUGUAUCAUAAUAACUUAUGCUAAGGUUUUUUUUUUUUUGGGCCCAAUUUUUUUAUAUAUACUAGUGGAAACGAUGUCCAAAUCUACCUUUCUUGACAUGCUGAAGAGCAGCUCUGACAAGGGACAGACUCAAGAGAAUAAAGAACAAAAAGGAACGGUAACUGCUGUCUGAUUUCCUUGACCUUUUACACCUUAACAUCAGUUAGCAUAUUCUCCUCACUGCUUCCCAUACAUUUCCUCAGGCGCUGACAAGGAGAAUUCGUUUAAUAAUCAAGAGCUUUUUUUAUUUGGUGAUCAUCUCCUUUAUUCUUGUUACCUUAAUGUUUCGUUCAGGGCUGAUAUUUUAAGGAGAAAUUAGAUGCUUGUCAGUCUUUAGAGGUUAAAGGGUUAAAUGUUAGGUCAAAUCUGCUUUGAAGUGAAGCGUAAGCAACGAAAAACGUUUGAAAACACAUACACAUGGGACUUCAAAGUCCACUUUUUUUUGUCUCUUCAAUUCCGGACAAUGUGUAUUUGAAAAUAUACCGAUCCUCUUUUACUUUGGUGUUUCAGGGAAUCGAGCUCACUGAUACCGACGAUGCGUCAUCAUGGAGCAUUCUACGGGAUGACUUUAUGAUGGGCGCUAAGAUGAAAGACUGGAACCGAGAAGAACAAAAAACCAAGAGGAAAGAUAAAAAACUAACAGACAUUACUGAUCAUGAACUGGAAACAAGUAACGCUGACUUCUUUGAUGAAUCAGAUGAUGGGAACAACGAGCAGUCGGAUUCAGAGUCAGAUAUGGAUUCGCAAGGAGGCUAGAGCGUGACAAAGCGUGACAAAAAGUUCCUCAAUAUCGCGCUUUUUUGACAAUUUCGUUACUUCGAAUCACACUGUCCUGUGACGCAAGGUGAUGCUUUGCGGAGAAUGCUGUCAAUAAUACCAGUUUGCAGUUUUAAAAAAAAAUUCAAUCGACAUUGUAGUGGGAGAUGGAAAUCUUCUAAAAUGGACGCAAAAGUCCGGUCCUAAAGGCACCCAGAAGAGGGUUGACUGCCCCCUUAAAGGAACUCUGCAAAGAGCGCAGUUUCAAAUGUAUCUGCUCCGCGCAGACAAACUAAAAUCGAAUUAAUCUCUUGUAACCUUUGCCGUGCUUUUAUUGGUUUUCUCUUGGGUGUUUUAAUGUAGAGGCAACGCGUGAAAGCUAAACGGUCAAAUUUUUUGGCUCAAGUAAGGCCUCGUGUAUCCCUAUCAAACGGUUCCACCC